AUGGUGGUUGCGCUAUCAUUCCCUUAUAUUCGACCUCGUCGGUCUCCUAGCUACAGGAAAAAGGAGCCUCAUCGACCGCCUCCUCUGAAAUUGCACACUUCGUUUUUUCAGUCGCAGGAUUUGAAGAUCGAGGGACCGGCUCCCGACGCUGGGCGUGGGAGUGUUUCUGGACCGAGUGAAGACAAAGGCCCGGUCGAGGUACCGUUGAAGUUGGAGGUGGAGGUGUCUGAAACGUCUGAUAAAUGGGAGACCUUGUCAACCUUCAAGACUUCUGAGGAGGAUAUUCGGAAGAGACACACGGCGAUGGAGAACCAUCCACCCGAAGAAAAGGGAAAAGAGCAUGAGAAGGAAGAUAAGGGCAAGGAAAGUGCCUCAUCUGUACCCAAAGCGACAUCCGCGGACACUCGGUCGGUCUCCUCGCGGGGCUCCCUUCGCACGAUCAUCCAGUUGGACUCGGACUCGCUGAACGACUCGGACAACUCGGAGGUCUCGCCGAUAUCUGAUGACCGACCACCCAUCCGUCCAGGAAACGCCAUCCGCCGAUUCUUCCCGGAACUCUUUCCUGACCAAAUCGACCUGAUCUCCCCCGAAGGCGGCGAGAAAGCGAAGACGAAGCUACAAAGAACGUCGCCGGGCUUUGAGGACGAACUACAGGAGCGAGUGCAGAGUCUGUGCAGGAGCCCUAUGUAUAAAGAGAACAAGGCUUUUUCCCCACUCGGACCCGAGGCCAGUUCUUCGUCGGGGUCAGAUGGGAUCUUUGAUUCUGCAUCUUCCUGCUACAGUGACCGAAGUUCGCAGUCGAGUGUUGGAAUGGAGUUCCCGGGCAAGGAUCAACUCGAUUAUCCCUACAUGUCGGCAGAUGCAUACUCCAUCCUCUCGCCCGUUGCGGCGGGUGUAUUUGACGAUGCGGCUUCCGUAUGUUCAUCGCGAGCUCCGUCUGUUCUUUCUAGACAGCAAGCACCUUCUCCUAGCAGUAGUAGCUCGUCGGGAUGCAGCUCGGUCACCUCCAAGAAGUCGGUGACCAGCAUGAACGACCUGAAGAACAAGCCUCUUCCUCUCGAACCCGUCUCCGAGUCCGAUAUCAUUGUGCCCAGCCCUCUAGCCGUCCGUCGCCACACCCCUCCAUUACAAAGUCCCAAUCCGCCCACAUCAGUCUAUUCGACAUCACCAAUGCAUACUCCACCAAUUCAACGAUCAGCCACAUCCCUGCAAUCUCAAUCAAGCCACGCCUGCCAGGCCUGUGGCGGACACAGUCAGCGACGACGCAAAGGCAAUCGCUCCGAAUGGACCGAACACAUUGAGAAAGGCGAGCCGCAUAUCCGGCAGCUUCCCUCGUUGGCACAGGCAGCGGAAGAACUGGAGGAUGUUCUGGCUGAUCUGCAACGGCACGGAUCGAAACAGCGCACGCUGCUGAUCCUAGAUGGUCCACUGCAGGUCAGCCGCCACAAUGGUGACCUCGUGGCCACGCGCCCAGCACCACAGCCUCCAUCCACGAAACCACACUCGAUGACACACCCGCCGUUGACGGAGUCGCUGAAGACGAAUAAGUCGUUGAAGUCGAGCAAGUCUAAGAAGGAGAAGGAGAAGAACAAAGUGAAGCGAUCAUCGGAGGUGCAGAAGGAUCGCCGACCAGUCAAUUUGGCCUCGAUUCCAGAGGGUUCUUCAACGAGAGGUCAUACUUAUAGUUCCUCUAGUAAGAGUGGCCUGGGGCACAAGAAAAGUCAAAGUGCCGACGACACCCCUGAUGCCAAUGUCAGCAAAAACACUCCAGGAACAACUCCGGGGGAGAGUGCAAGUCCAGAGGGUGCCGAGAGCAAGAGCGGAAAAGAGAAUGAUCGGCUGAGGAAGACGUUGACGCUGAUGAAAUCGUUCAAGCGGCGGCCGCAACCGACGGCUGCACCCGCCAUCGCGCCAAGCCGGGAAUUACUCCACGCCGAUCGUCUCGACCCUCCGAAUCCUCUCGACCCUCUCCACAUUCCUGAUGACACGUCCGACGACGCGCCCCCAAAGCGCGACAGCCUGCGCCUGCAACUCCCCCGUCUCCAGACCGAUCUGGCGGUGACUCGUCUCCUCGACACCCUCCACGGAAUAGAGCCAGGGGUCGCCCGGCCGACGGGCAGCCCCACGCAACCGACCGCAGACGAACGUCCCCAAUCUCCCAAUGCCCAGCAGGAGCGCCAGAGCGUCUCGUCUAAGGAGAAGAUUCUGGUCCGCCCCAGUCGUAUGUUGGGAUCCGAAAAGAUGAGGCAGACACACGCGUUUGUGUCGACGGCACAGGCUAGCAGCGUCCGGCUGCCGCCCGAACAAAUCUACGAGCUCGCGGCCACUCCGCCGUCGCCCACAGCGACAAUCUCGGGGUUCGAUGCGAACCAGCAAGCGGAUGUGAUGAUUCCCUUUCCAGCAGACCUGCCGCAAAGUUUGGUCCGAGCGAUCAUGGAACGAAUCGACUCACUGGACGACCUGUUCAAUUUCGUGUUGGUCAACAAGAGCUUCUAUAAUGUCUUCAAGAAGCAUGAGUUGCCAAUGAUUAAAAAUGCACUGUUCAAAAUGUCGCCGCCGGCAUGGGAGCUGCGCGAGAUGUCUCCCCCGUGGGCGACCGAGGCGCAGCUGCUGGAGCCCGACGCGCAGGUGCCCGAAUAUAGCCCGUCAUUGUAUCUGGAUCGAUAUGCAUCGGAUAUUUUCACCCUAGCCAAGCUGAAGUCCAUGAUUCUGGUGCGCUGUUCGCCGUUCCUGCGCCGCGACACGGUUCGUGGCCUGUCUGGGAUGGAUGUUCAGCGCGCUGAGGAGGUGGAUGAUGCUUUCUGGCGAAUCUGGACCUUCUGCCGCAUCUUUGGCAGCAACAAAGGCCGCGAGAAUGAUCUCGAGGGUCAGGUGGACUGGCUCAAGGGUGGUGUCAAGGCCCGAGGCUACACCGGAGCUGCGUCAUGUAUGACUGAGCCCUUUGGUAUGAACAACGUUCUCUUUGAACCACCUGAGGGAUUCGGCCGUGGUAAUGGUCGCGGAUUGUCGCCGAAACAGUUGUACGAUAUGACCGAGAUCUGGACGUGUAUGGGCGUGCUGUUGCAGCCUCUUCACGGCAAGUGUAUCGAGGCACGGAAGGUCGGAAUCUAUGAAGGCAUGGAUGUUCCGAGGGAAGAUCAUGUCCGGGAAGAGCAAGUGCUCGAGGAAUGGACCUCUUACGUCCUCACCAUCGGUCUUUCUGCUGUGUUGGGCCUCAGCUCCCUUGCUCCCGCUGAAGCCACCGCUACGUUCUUUAAGAAUGCCAAGGCAUCCGGGCUCACCAAGUGGGAACUGACCGAGACCCAGACUAGCCGCUCAUCCUUCUUGAAGGAAGCGGUCUCUCGCGUCUACGAAGAUCAAGAACGUGCCAUUUCUCAGUCUGACAGCCAGGUCGACGCUCUGACCGAAGAGCAACUCCGCCAACAGCAGCGCGAAAAGCGCCACCAAGAAUACGUCCUCGAGCUCCGAGUCCGGCGCGCCAGGAACGCCAAAGAACCCACCAUCCGCGACCUUGGCACUGGCAGCGGUUUCUCUCAAGAACGACCAAUGUCCGAAUUCAGCACCAUCGUCCACAACCUUGACGGCGCCGACUGCAACGUACCUCCCGUCCCAGCCCUCCCUUCUAUGAUGCUCGACCGAGCCUCAACAUCCACAAAUGGAAGCGACUACGUCCCCCGCACACCAGCCUUCACCCCACCACCUCAAUUCUCUCCUCCGCAACACUUCACCAUGCCUCCUCACUUCUCCGAUACCUCCAUCCCCAUCGUUCCCGCCCGCAGCCCCCCUGUACAACACCCAGCUCUUAUGCCCGCCCCCGCGAACCCCCCAACAGUAUACUCCCUCCCACCCCAGGUCCAAGACCCCGUUGACCGCGCCAUCAACCGUAUGGUCAACGAACUCGGCUUCAACGAAGAAGACGUGAAGUGGGCUCUCAAAAUCACCGAUACCGGCGAAGGAAUUGAUGUCGAGGCUGCAGAGUCAUUACUGAAGCAAGAAAAAAAGAAAAAGAAGCCUUUCUCAUCUCGCAAGGAGAGCUUGUUGCAUUCCGUCAUGAAGCGACAGCGUUCGACGGAUUCUGGGUGGCGAUUUGCUGCUUAA